AACAAAAAGGGAAGUCGAGGCACAGAGACCCGGUUCAAACAGGCUGACCAGCUGCGGGCUCACAUGGACAACCACCAGCCUCUGCUUCCUUUGCAUUUAUUUCCUUCUAAGAGUAGUGACUGUUUGGGGGUGGGCUGUGGUUGCCAGCCAGGCAUGAGAAGGGAAGCCCAAGCCUCCCUUGAGCCCCCCUGGUUGGCUUCAUCUCCUUGGGGACCCUCCACUGCCUCCCCCAUCCACUGGCACCCCAUUCCUGCCUGUGGUCAGCCCAAAUACCAGAUAGGGUGAGUCUCAGCCAUUCUCAAACAUUCCUCAUCACUGUGGCUCAAUUUAGGCUGGCUGAGGUUAUGAAAAUAGAGCGGGGCGGUUGGAGCAGGAGGGAACUGGAGGGAUGGGCUAGAUGGGCCUUGCCACCCUAUCCAGCCCUCUGCCUCCUCUCUUCAGGGAGGGGAUGGUCAUUCCCUCAGGCCCUGUGGUAUAGCUCUGUGUGUGUGUGUGUGUGUGUGUGUGUGUGUGAGCAUGCGCGUGUGUGUGUGUCCUGUGUUGAGAGAUGGAGGACAGCUGUAGUCACAGGGGAAGUUGGAGAAAGUGAAUGCUGGAACGGAGCGUGAGGAGAGGCAGCACUGGGCUGAUUAUGAGGCCUCAAGAGCUGCUGCUGCUCCUGAUGUUGAGGUGGGCCGGAGCACAGAUGGAAGACCCUGCCUUCCCACACUUGGGUGACAGCUCACAGCCCCUGUUGAGGGCCUGUCCUUGGCGCUGCUCGUGUCCCCGAGACGACACAGUGGACUGCGCUGGCCUGGGCCUGAGUGUGUUCCCAGACAACAUCACCAAGGCUGCUAGGCACCUGUCCUUGCAGAACAACCAGCUGCAGGAGCUCCCCUACAACGAGUUGUCUCGCCUCAGUGGCUUGCGCACCCUGGACCUGCACAGCAACCUCAUCUCCUCAGAGGGUCUGCCUGAUGAGGCCUUUGAGUCCCUCACCCAGCUAGAGCACUUCUACGUGGCUCACAACAAGCUCUCUGUUGCACCCCAGUUCCUGCCACCCUCCCUGCGUGUCGCCGAUCUGGCUGCCAAUGAAGUGGUGGAAAUCUUUCCUCUCACCUUUGGGGAGAAGCCUGAACUCCGGUCUGUAUACCUCCACAACAACCGACUGAACAACACUGGUUUGCCACCUACCACCUUCCUCGGUUCGGAGGCCAUUACCACCCUAAGUCUCUCCAGCAAUCAGCUCAGCUACCUGCCACCCAGUCUGCCAUCCUCUCUGGAGCGGCUUCACCUGCAGAACAAUCUUAUCUCCAAGGUGCCCAGAGGAGCCCUGAGCCUCCAGACGCGACUCCGGGAGCUGUACCUCCAGCACAAUCAGUUGACAGACAGUGGCCUGGAUGCAACCACCUUCAGCAAACUAAGCAGCCUUGAGUAUCUGGACCUGUCCCACAACCAGCUGACCGCUGUGCCCGAGGGUCUACCCGGAACCCUGACCAUACUGCACCUGGGUCGCAACUGCAUCCAGCAGGUGGAAGCGGUGCGGCUGCACAGAGCGAGGGGCCUGCGCUACCUGUUGCUGCAGCACAAUGAGCUGGGGGCCUCGGCGCUGCCUGCCGGGACGCUGAGGCCUCUGCGGGCUCUGCACACGCUGCACCUCUACGGCAACAGGCUGGAGCGCGUGCCCCCAGCACUGCCCCGCCACCUGAAGGCCCUGGUGAUGCCCCACAACCGCGUGGCCGUGCUAGGUGCUCGGGAUCUGGUUUCUGCGAGAGCCCUGGCGGAGCUCAACCUGGCCUACAACCGCCUGGCCAGCGCGCGCGUGCAUCCGGGUGCCUUCCGCCGCCUGCGCGCCCUGCGCAGCUUGGACCUGGCCGGCAACCAGCUGAGUCGGCUGCCGGAGGGCCUGCCCCCAAGUCUGCGCUCUCUGAAACUGCAACGCAACCAACUGCGGGCCCUGGAGCCAGAGCUGUUGGCCGGCCUGAAUAAGCUGCAGGAACUGAGUCUGGCGCACAACCGGCUCCGCGUGGGCGACAUCGAGCCGGGCACCUGGCACGAGCUGCAGGCACUGCAGGUGCUGGACCUGAGCCACAAUGAGCUCUCUUUCGUGCCCCCUGACCUGCCUGAGGCCUUGGAGGAGCUGCACCUGCAAGCUAACCGUAUCAGCCACGUGGGCCCAGAGGCCUUCCUCAGCACACCCCACCUGCGUGCCCUCUUCCUGAGGGCCAACAGGCUUCAUAUGACAAGCAUCGCGGCCGAGGCCUUCCUGGGGCUUGCACAUCUACGUGUGGUAGACACUGCAGAAAACCCAGAACAGGUCCUGGUCCAGCUGCCACCCAAGAACAGGGGAGCCCUGACCCCCAAGGGCUAGCCAAGUAGCCCUGAGCGCUGAUGUACUGUGGACUAAGGAAGUUCUCAGUUGGGGCCUUGGAGGCUGGGCCUGUUCUGUCCAGAGCUGGUCAAAGCACUAUGAACAGGUGUCUACUAGGGGUGGGGGGUGGGGGCUGAAGCAGGAAGCAUGCUGACCUGAACAUUCUGGGGUGCAGACUAUGGUGAUGGGGUAAAUAAACUGGACCCCUUUCCACGUUCA